AUCUGUCAGUCUGUGCGUUGGACAUCCUUUGUGUCCCUGUCCAUCAGUGUGUCUCCUGUGUGUGCUGCUACCACUCUUUUAUCCAGCCAUGUCAGACGCUGAAGAGGAAUUUGACUAUGAGGAGGAGGUAGAGGAAGUUGAGGAGGAGCAGGAACCUGAGCGUGAGGAGGAAGAGGAGGCUGAACAAGUUGAGGAAGAUGGAGGAGAACAGCAAGAAUACCAAGAGGAGCGCCCCAAGCCUAAGCCUCUUGUGCCUCAACUUGCUCCUCCAAAGAUUCCUGAGGGAGAAAGAGUGGAUUUUGACGACAUCCACAGAAAGCGUAUGGAAAAGGACUUAUUGGAACUUCACACCCUGAUUGAUGCCCACUUCGAGCAAAGGAAGAAGGAUGAGGAGGAACUUAUUGGCCUCAAGGAGCGAAUCGAGCACCGUCGAGCAGAGAGGGCUGAGAUCCAGAGGGUUAGAGCAGAAAAGGAGAAAGACCGACAGAACAGGAUUGCGGAGGAGCGUCACAGAAAGGAGGAAGAGGAGGCCAAAAAGAAGGCAGAUGAUGACGCAAAGAAGAAGAAAGUGCUGUCUGGGAUGGGAGCCAAUUUUGGAGGCUUCCUGGCCAAGACUGAAUCGAGGAAGAGCAAGCGGCUGACAGGCAGAGAGAUCAAAAGGAAGACACUGGCAGACAGACGGCAGCCUUUAGGGAUCGAAAACAUGAGGGAGGAUGGUCUAAAGAAUCGGGCCCAAGAGAUGUGGAACUGGAUCUACCAGCUGGAAUCAGAGAAAUUUGACUUCAUGGAGCACAUGAAACACCAGAAAUAUGAGAUCACUGUGUUACUGAACAGAAUCCAACAUGCUCAGAAGUUUAAAAAAGUCAAGGGGAAGGUGGGCGGUCGCUGGAAGUAAGGCCAGACUAACCAAACCAGAGAUGGCGGGAAGCUGUUGGAAAGACUGAGCUAGGAGAGGCUUGGACCUUAGAAAACGGAACAUUUCUUCUUCACAGUCAGCAUUUGUCCCAUUGGUUGUUGUGGAUAGGAUGUGGUGUAACUUAAUGCUACUGUCUGAAAUAAAAAGUCCAUCCACUACGUUU